AUGGCUACUUUAUCUCUGCGAGUGACACUGUUUCCUCUGCUAAAAAAUGCUCCAUUUACACUUACACCUGCUAUUGACAGGAGGAGAAGGAGAAGGAGAAGGUUCCAUUGUUGCUUUUGUUCCUCUCCUCCCCAAUCAUGGCAACCUGUUCGUAAGAAAAAGGUUGUUAUGCGGGUCGCAUAUGUCGGCACCAAUUACCGAGGUCUACAAAUGCAACGAGAUGAACAUGCACUCUCCACUAUUGAGAAAGAACUGGAAAAUGCCAUAUUCAAGGCUGGUGGCAUCCGUGACAGUAAUUUUGGGGAUUUGCAGAAGAUUGGAUGGGCCAGAAGUAGCCGAACUGACAAAGGAGUUCACUCUCUUGCAACAAUGAUAUCCUUUAAAAUGGAAAUCCCAGAGAACUCUUGGAACGGAGACCCUUAUGGGUUUGCCCUUGCAAGUUAUGUUAACUCUUAUCUUCCUCGUGAUAUCAAAGUUAUUAGUAUUUUGCCUUCACAAAGGAGCUUUGAUCCCAGAAAGGAAUGCAUAUUGCGGAAGUAUUCCUACCUCCUCCCAGCUGAAAUUAUUGGUAUUCAGAGCCAGUCUAGCAAUGAUGAAACUGACUACCACAUAUCAGAGUUCAAUGAUAUUCUUAAUGCUUUUGAGGGGGGACAUUUUUUCCAUAAUUAUACUGCUAGGUCCAAGUACAGGAAACAGUCUCCUCGUUGGCAGUCACCAUCAAGGAGUGAUACAUCAGCAAUAGAGAGUAUAUCAGACUACGAGUCGGAAUGUGAGGACAAUGAUGGGGAAGAAAAUUUUAAAAUUGAUGAGGCAACAGAAAAUAUAGUGCGCCAAAGCCAAAAGUCUUCAGAAACUUGUGAUUUUGGUGAACCUGUCAUCGGCUCUAGCAAUAAGAAUGGAAAUGGUUUGCAUGAUCAAGACUCUAGAUUGGUUGUUCGUGCAAAAUGGUUAUAUGAACCUGAUGAAGCAGAUAGAUUAAAUGCUUCCCAUUUUAGAAAAGUUUUUCAGUGUUCUUGUGGAAAGCUGGAAAAAUCUCUUGGAUAUAAUUACAUAGAGCUCUCCAUACAGGGAGAGUCCUUCAUGUUACAUCAGAUAAGAAAAAUGGUUGGGACAGCUGUGGCAGUAAAACGCAAGUUACUACCAAAAGAUAUUAUAAUGCUGUCACUGGCAAAGUUUUCGAGAAUUAUUUUACCCCUUGCACCGUCAGAAGUUCUAAUAUUAAGGGGAAACAGCUUCUCAAUAAGAACACGGCCAGGAAAUGUAACAAGGCCUGAAAUGAUGACAAUUGUUGAAUCAGAAGAAAUUAUUAAAGCAGUUAAUGAUUUUUACACAUCAACUAUGUUACCUCAAGUUUCAAAUUUUUUGGAUCCAUCAAGAUCUCCUUGGGAAGAUUGGAUUGAGAAAUUGGAUGCUCACACAAGCAUACCGAAUGAUCAGUUGGAUGAGGUUAGGAAGGCUUGGAAUUUGUUGAAAGAAAAUUUCGAAAGUACAACUAGUGCUCAUCCAUCGUAAGUGAAGGGAAAAAGGUGAUGAUUACUCUUCUUAUCCUUUCAUCAGUUUCUUCUGAAUUUGGUCCCUUAACACGCUUUAAUUAAAGCUUCCAUUGGCCAGCACCUGCAUUUUUCUUUUUCUGCACUUGCCAAAACACUUGGUUGGUUAUCUGUUUCUUGCUAUUGUAUGGAGAAGGAAUUCAUUUUCACAUUUGUUCUGAUUGUCCUGCACCACAUGUAUACAUUGUGGGGUUGGUUUGCAGGAAAAACAGGAAAGUGUCCAUUUAUUUUCUGUACUAGAGUUGAAUAUUCAGCUUACCUGGCCUUGGAUCAAUCCAUGGACAAUUAUGCUGGCUCAUUAUUUGGUGUUAUGGAAGAAUUUGGGAGGAAAGAUGUGUUUUAAUUGGAUUGAAUGGCCCGUGGAAAUGAUUCCUCAAGAAUUCAUCAAAUGGAACAUCCGAGCAGGAUAUUACAACUUCAGAGGCUGACAAAAUUUCACUAGGAAAUGAAAACAUUGUCUUCAGGCUCCUCAAACAGCUACAAAUAAUCUUUCCAUGUUGGGUUAAGAGAUGGGAGGCUUCUGACUUGGUACAGGCAAUCAUUUACCCUCUGAAACGGAAGUAUACUUUCAUGUCACACUGACAAAUUAUCUUCUGACUAAAAUAUACCAUAGACUGUAUGAUUCAUUAUUUGAACACUUUUUUUUAGUCUUUAUUUUUUUUUUCAAUUUAACUUGAUUUUCCAUAAUUCCUGGCAGUAUGUAAGUUCUUUUCUAUA